GAACAGAACACUGUGUGUGCAGAAGAGUUUUUCAGCAUGAAGGAUCUACCUACACAAAAUAUUUCAUUCACAGACUUCAAUCUGAUUGGUUUCUACGGCCUAGGAGAAUGGAGGCCUUUGUUAUUUAUCCCUUUCUUUCUGAUGUUUUUAUUAGCUAUCACAGCAAAUAGUAUUCUCAUAUAUUUAAUCAAAUCUCAAACGUCUCUGCAUUCUCCUAUGUAUGUACUAAUAGGAGUUAUGGCAGUGUUAGACUUGAUCAUGCCUAUAUUUUUUGUACCUAACAUGCUUCUUAGUUUUUUGUUUAAUUGGAGUGGGAUAUCUCUAACUGGUUGUUUGAUACAAAUGUUUGGCCUUCAUUUUAUUGGAACAUUUCAAUCUACUUUGCUUUUUUGGAUGGCACUGGACCGUUACUUUGCAAUAUGCAAACCUCUUCAUUAUCAUAAAUUCAUGGAAAUCUCUAACUUUCUAAAGUUUGUUGUUGUGCCAGUAAUGAGAAAUGGACUCCUUAUUGUCACCAUGGUCUCUCUGGCUGGAAAACUGUCAUUUUGUGCAACAAAUGUCAUUGAUCACUCUUUUUGUGAACACAUGGCGUUGGUUCAGUUAGCAUGUGGAGAUAUAUCUGUUAAUAAUAUUGUAGGACUUUUGUGUGCUUUCCUUAUAACCACUGCUGAUUUUAUUCUUAUUACUGUAUCUUAUGUUGUCAUUUUCUCUUCUGUGUUUAGAUCUGGUGAGACUCAUUUAAAGGCCAUUAAUACCUGCAUUACUCACAUUAUUAUUAUGACGCUUAGUUUGAUUUCUGCUUUGAUUGCAUUUUUGUCAUAUAGAAUAAGGAAUAACAUUUCUUCUAGCAACCGUAUAUUUAUAAGCAUCAUGUACUUAUUGUUUCCAAGUUGUCUACACCCACUAAUCUAUGGAUGGAGAACAAAAGAAAUACGACUAACAUUUCUAAAGUUUAUAAAUGCAAAGGUAUUUCCUUUAAAAAACUGA